GCUCAAGAAGAGAUGCUGAAAGCCUCCGGGGAAAGCAUGAUGCCUCACAACAGCUCUUACGGGCCGCUCUCGCUGAGGGACGAUGCUCAGCACUGGUGGGAACGUGAGGAGGGCAAGACACUGUUGUGCAGCGGCUGGACGGAGGAUGGACUGGAGGUCAGGGCUCACUGCGAGGCGGCUGAGCAAAACCAGUGCGCCUUGGCCAGGGCACGCAGGCGGCGGAGGCUGGCGGCCAAUGCACGGGAGCGCAGGAGGAUGCUGGGCCUGAACGUGGCCUUCGACAGGCUCAGGAGCGUCAUCCCCAACGUGGAGAGCGCCAGGAAGCUGUCCAAGUCAGAGACACUCCAGAUGGCGCAGAUCUACAUUAGCACGCUGAGCGAGCUGCUGCAGGAUGAGGAGCACGGACACUGGCGUAUCACAGCACAAAGGGAGCAUGCAGGACAGUGGCAGGCCACAGCGGUACCAGCUCCGAAAACAGAGCAGAGCACUGAACAGGACGCCACACACCAGGACGGUCUGCGGGAACACACUGCAGAUACUGUCCGGCUGAACACGGACAGGAAAGCCAUGAUGCACUGCUGGGAAAGGAGCAACGGUGCCAAGUAACAAGUCCAGAGAUUGUUAUUUUUGUUUAAAUGUAGGCUAUAUUUUUGCACUUUGUUACUGAUAAUUUAAUGAUGGUAAAAAUGAUCAAGCCAUGAAUUAUAAAGACUAAAUAAAAUGUUUUGUAAAAACAAAAAAACUAGACUCGUGUUGAAUCCGCCGCACUGAUUUCCAAGAAAACGAGCAAACCGCAUUGAGAUGUAUUGAAAGUAGCAAUUUUUAUUUGAGUUAAAAUUAUGUACAAGUAACCAAAGACAUCAUUUCUGAAAUUGGUACAAAGUUCAGGUUCCUGCAGAUGCCUCUUUAAAUUUCACCUCAAA